AUUUAGAACAAUAAACUAUUUAGAAAAGCCCUAGCUCCCAUUUCUCACCUCCUCUCACUUUCCCCAUUUUCCCCGUCAGUCGGUCUCUCCACCGCCGCCGUUGGCGCAUCGCUGUUGCGGCACCGUGAUUCUCUACCUACUCUUAAUCCGGACUCCGUCUCCAUCUUGGUGUCAAUUUCACAAUAAAUCGGAAACUGAGCGGAUUGAAAUGACAAUCGUCUGAGACUCUUUGCGAGCUUGGCGGAAUCUGUGCUGGCGGAGCUCCGAAUAGAAGGACGCAGUUGAGAUUAGAUGAAGCAGUGGAGGGUUUGUUUACAUGCCAGAGAAGCUUUUGGUCUGCACUUCUUUAGCUUUAGCAAUGAAGCCAAGAUCCACUGAGGCACCUCGGAGGUCAAGACAUGUUCAGGGGGAGGGACCAAAUUGGAUCCUUAUUGCAGGGAGUGCACUGCUUAGUACAUUGUCAGUUCGCCUCGGAUAUAAGCUAAAGCAGGUCCUUGAUGCUAAACAACUGGACAACAGUAGUCCAAGUUUAGAAGUUAAUGGAAAAUCUACUAACGGAAAGAAAUCAGGAAGCUGCCCUAUGCAUUCAAAUGCCGUUUGCUUUCCUCAAGAUGUUUGCUACAACCAUUAUUCAGAAACAGGAUCCAGGAAUGUGAUGGAAAUCAAACCACACGCCAAUGGACAGAUGAUGUCUGAACCUGAAAUGGCUCUUCCACUGGUGACUGUUCCCACUUCGGACUUCAAUAAAGAAAACGGGGUGAUGUGGUCGUCUUCUCCUGACCGCCUAGAGCUGCCCCAGAAACCUUUGCACCAAUCGAACAGCUCCGACUCUCCUUGCGUCUCAGAAUCUGGUUCUGACAUUUUCAGCAAGCGGGAGGUCAUACAAAAGCUGAGGCAGCAGCUGAAGAGAAGAGAUGACAUGAUACUAGAAAUGCAAGAUCAAAUUGCAGAAGUGCAAUCCUCUCUUGCUGCACAGGUUUCACAUUCUUCGCACCUGCAAUCUCUUCUAGAUGCUGCAAACAGGGAUUUGUUUGAAUCAGAACGGGAAGUACAGAGACUACGGAAGGCAAUAGCAGAUCACUGUGUCGGACAUGUCAACUCAGGUGAGAAACUCCCUACUGUUCCCAUUUGGCCAGCUGAAGCAAUGAAUGGCCAUGUAAACGGAUGCCUAGAAGUCAAAAACAAUAUGGAGUCUCCAGAGAAGGGGAGAGAUGGGGAAAGGAUUGAUAUGUUGAGGAGGCAAGUGAGUGAGUUGAAAGAAUUGAAUGAAGGAAAAGACUACUUGCUGCAAAGCUACAAGGAGCAUAACUCGGAGCUUGCAAUCAAGAUCAAGGAGUUGCAGAACAGAUUGGAUUCUCAACUUCCAAAUAUUUUGUAGGUGAAUUUAGCUUUCUUGUGCAUUCUGAAUGUGGCUUCCUGUUUUCUCUUCUCUCUUAUCCAACUUGAAGCUCUCAAUUUUGGAAACGUCAUUUUCGCACGUGUUCCCCCCUCAUUCUUCUUGUGCAUAUCUGGAAGGGAGAGUGAGAUGUUCAUAAAUUUAGAGUCAACGAGUAGUUUCGUGAUUUUGAGUGUGAUUAUUUGCCUUCAAACGAACACAUUGAACUUGCAUCAUCUUCAAUGUAAGAAGCGCUGUUAUUGUCCAACACUAAUAUGGAUUAGAUAGAUUGUCUCAGCCCUCAGGUCUCUGUUUUUAUUUCGAUAUAUACAUAGCAACUUUGAGAA